GCAAAUCUCCCCUAAACCCACUCCCCACUCCUCCGCGCAAUCUUCUCGCCGGCGAACUGUAACGGUCAUAUUCCGAUCCCCUACCACCACGUCCUCAGCCGAUCACGCCUAACUUCUAUACAUUAAAUUCUUGAUUUUAUUGUUCACUACAAUUCUCUCCGUGAAUUCCUCAUCGGAACUUCGGAAUUUGUGAUUUGAUCUGAACUAGGGUUUAAAACCGUGGAGUUUUUGGUUAGAGGAUGCGAGAUAAUGGUGGCUAACGUGUCUUCUACCACUGUUACACCUAACCCUAAGGUAGCAUCACGCGGUCCGUCUCCGGCGAAAGCCAAACGUGCGCCGCUGUUACCUUCUGAGGCGGACAACAAUGGUCCUUCUCUCCCACGUCGGCCGAAAUCUAGAGAUGUUGGUUCACGGUACUUGUCUUCUACUCUUUCUUCAGCUUCUGUCACAACUACAAUGACGUCGACGUCGUCGUCGUCUUCUUUUUCAUCUACCACGACGUCCUCGUCUUCGAAUUCUAUGUGUACUCCGAGGAGGCGAUUCCCGUCGCCGCUGGUUUCUUCCUCGAAUCUGAUGACGCCAGCGUCGACGGUGAAUAACAAGCGAGCUCAGUCAGCAGAACGGCGUCGUCCUGGGACUCCGCGAGCUGGUGAGAUGUCGGCUACCGCGAAGAUGUUAACGUCGACGCCGGCUAGGAGUUUGUCAGUUUCGUUUCAAGGUGGAUCGUUUGCGCUUCCGGUAAGUAAGCCAUCGAAGCCAGCGCCUACUGCUUCUAAUAACGGAUCGAGACAAAGUACCCCGGAGAGGAGGGCUGUGACACCAACUAGGAAGUCAGGGAAUUCAAAACCGAUUGAUCAGCAAAGGUGGCCAGGGAGAUCACGGCAGGGGAGUUUCAUGACGAGGAGUGUGGAUUUUACAAAUGAGAAUAUGAAAUUGAGUGGAUCUGUGACCGCGAGUGCUGUUAGGGCUUUACAAAAGUCUAUGAUCUGCGAGACCAAAUUGAAACCUAUUAAGCCUGAAAUUCCUGAGCUUAAUAGAAGUAUUAAUAAACUUGUUAGUGAUUGUGAUAAAUCAGAUCGUGCUGUUUCUGAUGCCGAAAGUGUUUCCUCUGGUAGUACUCCGGGUACCAUCCGAGGUGGGACACCUCGAGCCGUUGUGGUGCCAGCUAGAUUUAGGCAAGGAACCGUUAAUCAUCUCAGGAGGGUACAACCUGAGCCUGUUUCACCGCCAUUAUCUCGAAACAGUAAGUUACCUUCAGGGAAUAGGUAUCUAAAAGAUGGUCCAACACUAUCCCCACGAGGAUCGUCGCCCUCUCCAGUUAGAGGAGCUGUUCGACCGGCUUCCCCAAGCAAGAGUGUUCUUUUGUCGUCCACUUCAUCUCCGUCAAGAGGUAUGCCCAGUCCAACAAGAGCACGCAACGGAAUAGGCUCUAAUAAUAAUUUCGUCAACACACCUUCAAUUCUUAGCUUUGCUGCUGAAGCUAGGAGAAGGAAGGGAGGAGAGAACGCCAUUGUUGAUGCACAUGUCUUGAGGCUGCUGCACAACAAAUAUUUGCAAUGGCGUUUUGCAAAUGCAAGAGCAGAUGCUGCCAUGUUGAUCCAGAGUGCAACUGUUCAGAAAAGUCUAUAUAAUGCAUGGGUGACUACAUCAAAAAUGCGGCAGUCUGUCAUAUCCAAACAAAUUGAGAUACAACAGCUGAGGCAGAACUUGAAGUUGCACUCUGUUCUCAAGAAUCAGAUACCAUGUUUGAAGGUGUGGGAUCAAGGUGAAAGAGAUCACUCUGUCUCCUUGUCUGGGGCUAUUGUCUCUCUGGAAUCUAGCACUCUGCGUCUUCCACUUGUUGACGGUGCAAAGGCGGAUGUCCAAAAUUUAAAAGAUGCUAUCUGCUCGGCAGUUGAUGUCAUGCAGGCAAUGGCAUCCUCGAUAUGCUCUUUAGUAACUAAGGUGGAGCAUGUGAAUGGAUUGGCAUCUGAACUUGCAAGCACAACCACAAAUGAACGUUGUUUGAUUGAUGGGUGCAAGGAUCUGUUGUCAAUACUGACACACAUGGAGAUGCAGAACUGCAGCCUGAGAGCACACACGUUACAACUGCAACGUUUACCUCCACAUGUGUAAAGAAGACCUGUUUCACUGCUUACUGCUACUAACUUGAUCAAUAAUUGGGGUUUCUUUUUGUAUAUGCAUAGAUAGAGGGAGACUAGGAGGGAGGAAGGGAGGGAAGGAGGGAGGCAUACAAAGUGAUUUGUUUGUGUAGUAGGAGGAUAGAGAUGAUAUA